AUGGUAGAGUGGGCGGAACCAGGGGGAAGAUGGCGGCGCCCGCAGAUGUAUCUGCGCCCCAGGCUUCUGGAGGUCUUCGGUCUCCAGUGUGUCUCUUGGUGUUGGGAAUGGCAGGAUCUGGGAAAACCACCUUUGUACAGAGGGUCACAGGACACCUACAUAGCAAAGGCUCUCCACCUUAUGUGAUCAAUCUGGACCCAGCUGUGCAUGAAGUUCCUUUUCCUGCCAAUAUCGAUAUUCGUGACACCGUGAAGUAUAAAGAAGUCAUGAAACAAUAUGGACUUGGGCCCAAUGGUGGCAUAGUGACCUCCCUCAAUCUCUUUGCUACCAGAUUUGAUCAGGUAAUGAAAUUUAUUGAGAAAGCCCAGAACAUGUCUAAAUAUGUCUUGAUUGACACACCUGGGCAGAUUGAAGUGUUCACCUGGUCCGCUUCUGGGACAAUCAUCACUGAGGCCCUGGCAUCCUCCUUUCCAACGAUUGUCAUUUAUGUAAUGGACACAUCGAGAAGUACCAACCCAGUGACCUUCAUGUCCAAUAUGCUCUAUGCCUGCAGCAUCUUGUACAAAACCAAGCUUCCUUUCAUUGUGGUUAUGAAUAAAACUGACAUCAUUGAUCACAGCUUUGCAGUGGAAUGGAUGCAAGAUUUUGAAGCUUUCCAAGAGGCCUUGAAUCAAGAGACUACAUACGUCAGUAACCUGACUCGUUCGAUGAGCUUGGUGUUAGAUGAAUUUUACAGCUCACUCAGGGUGGUAGGUGUGUCUGCUGUUCUGGGUACAGGCUUGGAUGAACUCUUUGUGCAAGUCGCCAGCGCUGCGGAAGAAUAUGAAAGGGAGUAUCGUCCUGAAUACGAACGUCUGAAGAAGUCACUGGCCAGCGCACAGAGCCAGCAGCAGAAAGAACAGCUGGAUCGCCUUCGGAAAGAUAUGGGCUCCAUAGCCUUGGACACAGGAACUGCUACAGGCAGCUCGCCUACUGUGCGGGACCCUUCGGACCUGAUUCUGACGAGGGGAACCUUGGAGGAAGAGGAUGAGGAAGCAGACAGUGACACCGAUGAUAUUGACCAUAGAGUUACAGAGGAAAGCCGUGAAGAGCCAGCAUUCCAGAAUUUUAUGCAAGAAUCAAUGGCACAGUACUGGAAGAAAAACAACAAAUAGUUUCUAGAAGUCGAAAAGUUUGGAACUCUGUGCAGGAACUAUCCUUACCUCUGAUUGAGGUUACUAUAAAGAACAAUUUUGUUCAGAAUAGCAGCGUUUCUCUUAUUAGGGAGAUCUCCUGACUUCGAUGAAGCCAGGAUUAGAAGACACUUGCACCUGGCAGUUAGAUGCCAAUUCUGCUUGGCCUUUUCCUUGGAUGUUUGCAAGGAAGGAUAUUUUGUUCUUGGGUGCUGGUAUUCCUUCAAGCCUAAAACUUCACCUUUUCUCAUUUGAACUCAAGUACUUCUGCUGCUGACGGAUGGAAUAGAGAGAGAACCUGUUGUUCACUUCAGAUGUCCGUUUUUAGGCUGGAUCGGUGGCCUCGGUUUCCCUAGCACCUGGCCCUUGACCCACGCAUUCCCCUCCUUUCAGUAGAAUGGGGCGGGGAAGCAUGAGCUUGUACAGAGUGGCAGCCAGUCAGUGUUGGUAUGAGAUGUGCCUCGUGCUUGGUAGCUCAUUAUAGGACACCAGGUUUGUUGAAGAAAGUGGGCAGAACAUGUAAUUAAUAAAUAAGAAUCCUGUUUUUGUUGGUGACUUGGAUAGUUUUAAUUUUAACUUUGUUGUAAGCCCACCUGACAUAAUUUCAAAUAAGAAACAUAUAAUCACUUCUGUUCAUCAGAGGUUUAAAGCCACCUGUCCAAGCCUGUCUCAGUGAGGUGAUGUUUACUGGUUUCCCCUAUACACACACGAGCUACCUGGUGUAGAGUCAGGCCCUGGUUAUAUUGUACUUUAAACUUAAUGCAGAGUAUCCUUGAUUUACUCAAGGGCCAUGGAUUUGGUUCAGUUGGAUGUUCCAUAUAUAGUGAUCAUGGUAAGGGUUUUACCCUGCCUCCAUUCUUCACAGGAUCUUAAAGUGUAGUACAUUUCUCUUAAGGAAUUUUAUCCCUGCGCAGUCUGUAUUCCACUGGUUCUGAAAGUGUGGUUGCUGGACCAGGAGCAUAAGCAUCGCCUGGGAAAUCGGUAGAAACGGGACACUGAAGCCCUGAAUCCAGAAGUGGGGGUGGGUGGGCCCAGCACGCGGAACCACCGCUCUAACUGAGCCUGUGACAGUUCCGGGCCUGGUGAGCCUCGGCUCUUGGCUAUCAGUCCUCCUGUGACCUGCUUUGUCAAGAGUGCCCAACUUUGACCACCUGGUACCUAUUCUCCAAUUGAAACAUUCUAAAAAUAAAAGUAUUUUAUUUUACCAAAGUUAAUUCCAACAUUCUAUACCUAAUGGGAACCACUGGUCUAAAAAUUUGAACCUCUUCUUUAAGAGGAAACCAUUUACAUAGCAAAACUCUGAACAUACCUGGUUUUUUCCCUUAGUGCCUUUGAAUGCUUUUUCUUUAAAGAGUAACUUGUAUGGAUAGUGGGGGGAAGGAGGAUGGGGGAGGUGGAAGAGGGUAUGGGAGGAUAAAUG